AUGACAGAUAUAUUAUCUAUAUUAUCUUUAUCAAAAGAUAAAUAUAAAGAUAUAAUAGAUGUUGGAUUAAAAUCAAUACUAUCAAGAACAUAUAGUAAAUAUGAUAAGAUUCUAUUUGUUGGUUCAAUUGCUUUACCUUUUUUAAUCAAUUUACCAAUGUUUGAAAUAAUACCAAAUAAUCCUCAUAAAAGGAUUGAAUCAUUUUAUAAUAGUGCAAUUGAUAGGAUUGCAAAUGUUUAUCAUCAAAUUGAAACAACACAUUCGAUUACCGAUGAUCAAGAUGUUAUAAGAGAAUUGGCAGACCUAGCUGAAAAUAAUGACAAGUUGUGUAGAAUAUUGGCUAAAAGAGAGGUAGUUCUGACUCUUUUACAUAUCAUUGUCAAUGGAGAGGUUAUAUGGAAACAUAAUAAUUCUCGUCGAGCACCUCUGACUGAACAAACCAUUUAUGAAAUUUAUACUACUCUUGAUAGAAAAUCUUUAAUGUUGGAUUGUAUUGAUUUAUUAAAUCAUAUUUUACCUUGGGUAAAAGAUAUACCAUAUGUAGGGUUUAAUUAUGUAAUUAAUAAUAAUCCUUUAUCACCAACAAGUUAUAGAUUGACAUGCGCAAUAUUGAGAACAAUGACAUUGAAAAGAGAAACUAUUCAACCAUUUAUCAGUGUUGGUAUGAUUAGAGUUGUUAUGUUUUAUUUGGCCAAUCAGGUUGGAUCUGAAUAUGCACAGUUGGAAGAUGAUUGGUUACAAAUUGCACGAUUAAUAUACAAAGACAAGGAAUAUUAUUUUAAAUCAUCAUCAUUGUCAACAUUUGAACAAUCAUAUGUAGAGAGAUAUUAUAAAAAAGGGAGAUUUAAAUUAUGGAUUCUUCCAACAAAAGAAUUACGUAUCUCACCUUUUAGUGUAAUGACUGAAAUCAUUUCAGAUGGUAUUGGGUAUUAUCAAGGUUGGAUCAAUGGUACAGCAUUAUUUAUGGAUCAUAUCUAUUCAGAUUCACCUAUUUCCCAUAUGAUCUAUCGUAGAUUAGAUUCAACCUUGACCAGAUACUUGGCAAGUUCAUUAUAUAUGUCAUCAUUGUUACUCUAUUUCACAGUAUUUCUUUCUCGCAAGGGUUUGAUCUAUUAUACUUUAUCAACCGGGUUGUCAAUGUAUCAAGACAAACAAAUCAACCACCAAAAAUUAAGUGGUACCAUUUACAGAGCUUUUCAACAUACUUAUCAAAAUGAUCUUCCAGGGUCACCAAUUACUAUGAAUAUGAAUAUUGAUAAACUCAAUCAAAAUAAUAUUAUUAAAAAUAGAUCUGAUAUUUUAAAUUAUCAAUUUUAG